AUGAAAUUGUUUUUAUAUGCAAAAGAACAUCAUUUUGCUAUUCCAUCUUUUAAUGUAACAUCUUCAUCAGCUAUAAAUGCAGUUCUUGAAGCUGCUCGAGAUGCUAAAUCACCUGUUAUUAUACAAUUAUCACAAGGUGGAGCUCAAUUUUUUGCUGGAAAAGGUCUUAGCAAUGAUGGUCAAGCAGCAAGUAUUUUAGGUUCUGUUGCUGCAGCCCAUCAUGUACGAAAUGUAGCUAAAGCAUAUGGUGUACCUGUCAUUCUUCAUAGUGAUCAUUGUGCCAAGAAAUUAGAACCAUGGUAA